ACCUUGUCUACCAGGGGAAUUAGCAGAUCAGCUCACAGAGCAACAAAUGUGGCCCACACCCAUUCAAGGGAGAGAGAAAAAAACACAUUGCGCAUGGGUCUCCAACUUAACACUCCUGUCAACUUAUUAACUGCAUAACAGUUGCACAAAUUCAUCGCGGAAAGGGAGUUAAAGGAAAACUUAUUGCUUGACUUGGACUUGUAUUGACUGUUCAUCAUGGAGGCAUCAACCACAGCAGGUACGAUAGUCCCCUCGUCAUCGGAAAAGGUCUUCACCUCAUCGGUCGGAAAAAUUUUCACACAACUCUUCACACAACCCUCCGUAGCUGGAGUUCUAACAACUCCUGCACAUAUGACUGAAACAAUCUCAGACGCUUCUGUAGGAGUUCUGACAACUUCCGCAGAUAUGACUGAAACAACCAAAGAUGCUCUUUUAGGAGUUCUGACAACUUCCGCAGAUAUGACUGAAACAACCACAGAUGCUCUUUUAGUGGGAGCCGCCAUCGUAGAUGAUGGAUCCUUUCAAGCCAUCGUCGUAGGAGUCCUUUUUGCGCUGUUCCUGGUGAUUCUCCUGGCGCUGGCGCUGGUGCUGCUGUGCUACACCGGCAAGCGUAAGGGCACUUACUACACCAACGAGGCCGAGUGUGGUGAUUCUGUCGACUCGUAUGGCGGUGCCUCUCAAAGCGAAAAGGUUCUACUAGAGAUUUUGAACGAGGAAGAAUAGAAAGAAGAAUACUUCAUUUGAAACAGGACUUUUUCCGAUUCUAAACCGGGGCCAGUUGUCAACUCAAGAUGCCAAAUAUUUUCUACAGAAUUGGAAAUGCCUAUGAUGGUCAUCUGAUUUCAAGGCAACAUUUAUAUGGGGCAUACAACCAUCUCAGCUCUGCAGAUUUUGCCACGAAGAUUUUGUAUUGCCCAUAUAUACACUACAUAUACAAAAUGAUGUGGACACCCAUUCAAAUUAGUGGAUUUGGCUAGUUCAGCCACAUUACAGCCUUAUUUCCCUCAUCAAUCAAUAUACAGAAGCACUUUAAUAAACAAUGAAUAUUCAUUACAUGUGACUAACUUCAAGCUUACAAUUAGAGUYCAAUAGUUAAACCAAUAUCAGAUUGUUGGGGUUUCGAAAAGAUGUAAAAACUAGAGAAAUUAACAAUCCUAACAUAUAAUAACCCUUUUGUUUUCCUUUUUAAAAAUAUUUUUAUACUCAAAAGAUAGUACCUUGUUUGAAUUUCAAUUAUGAGGAUGUUGAGAGGGCUUAAUGUAUAAUAAUGUAUAGCAUUGCUGAAUGUAAUAUCUGUUUUCUAUUUUUUUCUAAAUUGACGUCCAGUAGUAAUCUUAAAUCAAGGCAUAGGCAUCUUUCCUAACGCCAAACUGGAUGUUUGUUUUUUUGGCCUGAAGGUACCAAUAACUGAGAAAAGGACAUGCUACGGCAAGGACCAUAAGAACACAAAAAAACACUUUCAUGAAACUCGACAGACAUUUCACCUAUGACAAUACUGGAAACAAAUCAGUCAAAAAUGUAAAUUCCCCUUCUUCUUAUGCAAGUCUCUGUYACUAAUAUAUUACCAUAUGAUUAAAGAGAAACAACCUUGUUGUGACUAAUGAAAACAGUGUCUAAUUAGCAAUAAAACACUCGGUUCCAGA